CCAGGGGAAGGCGGGGGGGCCGUGUUCCCCGGACAUGAUGAUGAUGAGGAGGAGGAGGAUGAAGGUGAUUACUGGCUGUUCAAGAGGCGCGCGCGGUUUACAGAGAGAGGGGAGGCAGAGAAGCAGAAGAAGAGUUAGUUUCUCCUUAGAGAAGAAGAAGAAGGAGCCUCCCGCUGCAGGCCGGAUCUGUGGUGGACUAAAAGAAGAAGAAAACCCGCAGAAGAAGAAGUUGGAGGAACUCCUCUUGAAACUUUUCUCUCUGUGCGCGCUCCCGCCGCCUGCGGCUGGCCCGAGGCUGUACUGCGCAUGCCCACUUCCUGUGUAUAAUACACCGAUUGUGUCACGGGGCCCGGCGGUGACGUCAUCGGAGAGCGAGCGAGACAGAGGCGCGCGGCCGCUGAUCCGGAGCAGCACCGGGAGCGCGCUUCAGCUGAGUGAACUGAGUCUGCGGUGGGUUUGUGAGGAUGAGCGGUGGUAAAAAGAGGAGUGGCUUCCAGAUCACCAGCGUGACCUCAGAUUUCAACCAAACUCCAGCUGGCCAAUCAGCUCCCAGCGUGGUCCUGACUGCCCUCCAAUCAGCAGCCUCCUCCUUCUCCUGCAGCCCUCUGGGAAGCUCCUCCCAGCCGAACACGCCCUCUCUGAAGAGGAAGUACAUGUCCCAUGAUGCCCCGGGGCAGGGUGCAGGGUCUUCCUCCAGAUUCAGGGUGGUGAGGCUGACGGUGGGCGGUUCCGGCAGCGGCGGGCGGGGCGAGCCCUAUCGCCGUGGGCGAUGGACAUGCACGGACUUUGAGGAGCGACUGGAAGGGGCGGGGUUCAGGCGGGUGAUGGACACCAUGAGACACGCCCACUCGCUGGAGUCCCUUGAGAUGAUUGGCCGGGACAUAGACGGAGGUGCCCAUCUGCUGGCUCAGCCAAUCAGAGGCCGCGAGGGGGUGGGGCUAGCAAUGCGCAGCGGGCCAUCCUCCCCAACGCACGAAGAGCCUUUCAACUUCCGGCUCCUGGGCAGCAAAGAGCCAAUGAGAAUACAAGGUUUAAACUCCACCCCUCCACCUCCUUCGCCCCGGCCACGGAACAUCCCUCCUCCUCUACGAUUGGACGUCGAUGCUGCGGGACGGUCUGUCCUCAGGCUUUCCCACUCCCAGCCCAGCUCCCCCCCUGCUGGACCGUACCAUCCCACUCUGACCCCCAUUCAGACUCCAGCUGCCUUCAGUCUGGACCAAACCAUCUUCAACCUGCCAGGGGACGCCAGGAUCACUCUGCUGAACGCCACGCUCUGCUCACACCCAGCCACAGGCUAG